AUGUUCGAGCCGGACGCCGCGCCGGGCUCGGUGAGCACCAGCGAGUCGGUGACGAUGCGCUCGUCGCGCGAGCGCCUCGUCCACAUUCCCAACAAACCGCUGCUGUCUAUCGAUCCGUCGGCACGUGCCUCGUCGCAUGUCUACCUGUCGCCGACGUUCCUUCAAUCAGGUAAGGCUUGCGCAUCAUCCGCUUGCGAAGAGAAUGAUGACAUUUCGAGGAGGAUUCGCGAAGCGACGCAAAGCUUCAAUCAAUUUGGCUCGCAAUUUUAUGAAAGUGUUCUCGAGUUGUCGAAAGGCAGCACAGCGUACGAGCGCUUAAAAGCCAACAGUUUACGGCGAAAAUUGGAAAAUGAACCGCCCGUAGGUGAUGGGGGAUGUCCGCAGCACAAAAAUAUGAAACAGUGCCUUAAUUCUCAUUCAACUGUUCUCGCGGCCCCAUUCUCGCCGUACCGCCAAAACGCCUACGACUCGACGCAGAGUUUGAAUGUCGCUGAGCGUUUGGAGCGAAUCCGAAGCGAAUUUCUCGCCGAACAUCAAAAGCCAUUCACCGCGUUCUCCGGCUUCAACACGCCGACGACGGCUCUCGGCGCCGCGUUUCAAGAUUUGAACAUGAAAAGCGCGUUCGCGCCGGUCGCGUCGAGAAAUCGAAUCAAUUUCGACAUUCCGCGAAGAGGCGGCCAUUUGAUCUCCGAUAUUCUGAAGCCCGAGCCAACGGUGGUUCGAAAUGUGCCCAUCAAAUUGAUUUCAUCAAAUAUUGACAUCGCCUCGACGAGUUCGGUGGAUUCCGGCCAUCAGGAUGAUCAUAUGAACACGUCGAUGGAUAGCCCAACAAGUCCAGUAGUCAAAAAGCAAGCGCUUUCGGCAAAACCGUCCAACGAGCCAUUGAGUGUUAGCGUCGAUAGUGUGUCGUCGACGUCCGAUUUGCCGUCGUCGAUAUCGUCGUCGAACUCGUUCGUCUUUCACAAUUUCGAUGCGUCGGAUGUCGAGCGACAAAUCGAGGAGCUCAAAACGGCGUCGUGUCUCGCGGUGAUGCCCGACGCCAAUGGAAUCGUCGACGCCGAGAAGAUCCGCGUUCAACUUGAAGCCGUCCGAAGGCAAAUGGAAGGUGUUCAGUAUAUGAUCAAGGAAGCGCAAGGCGAGCUGCGAUAUGCUCAGCAGCAGCAGCAGCAGCAGGAUUCCGAGCCAUCGCCAAGCUCGUCAUAUGAUGACGCGAAAGAUCGACGUCUCCACAAUUGUACGCAUCCGAAUUGCGGCAAAAUUUACACCAAAAGCAGCCAUUUAAAGGCGCAUUAUCGUACGCACACCGGCGAGAAGCCAUAUGAAUGCAGUUGGCCGGGAUGCGAAUGGAGAUUUGCUCGAUCCGAUGAGCUCACAAGGCAUUAUAGGAAGCAUACAGGUGAUCGCCCGUUCAAGUGUCCCGAAUGCAAUCGCGCGUUCUCCCGCAGCGAUCAUCUAUCGCUUCAUGUAAAACGACACCAAUAA